CGUAUUUCCACGUAAAUCGCUAGCGACGGACGAAUUAUUGUCGAGUGGCGAUCGCGCCAUAAACCGGUUAAUCAGCAAACCGGUGUUUGCGUAGGACUGAACGAAAAAUUCAAUUUAUAAUAAUAAUAAUAUAAAUAAUAAUAUUAAUAGUAAUAUUAAUAGUAGUAUAAUAUUAUUAAUAUCCAUAUAGUGUUAUAAUAAUCAUGUCUCUCUGCACGUUAUCGCGGUCGGUUUGCGCGGCUCUCGUCGUUUUCCUCCUCGUCGUCGUUGUCGAGGUCCGAUCCGGCGAUCUCAAUGAUGGUCCGGCGAUCCACGAAUACCCGAAGACUUGGUUCGCGAAAAUCUUCUACGAGACGCUGGCUGACUUCACCGGGCCCACAGACGUGGGCAGUACGGCGUGUCGCAAACAGAUGCAGAUGUACGUCAGACACUUGCAAAACGAAUCGCUGUGGGCUGUGCAGAUGUCCGAUUCGUGGAGUCGGUAUCCAAAUGGCAUACUUGUCGGCACUUCGCACCAGAUGGGUGUGUACGAAGAGUGCGUCAAAGUGCACAAGCCCGUUAGGGGUAAAUACUGUAUACCAUCCGUCAAGAUCGGCUCGUCUACCGGUGCCGAUUUUACAGCCGGAAAAACCGACCAACUACAUAGCAAUGACAACGCCUGGCAAGAGGUACUCGGGUUUGUAAAUCGAGACAUCCGACUGCACAGAAAUAUCGUAAAAUUUGGCAUUUGUAUACCGGAUUCUUGCACAGCUGCUGACCUCCAGAUUACGCUGCAAAAGGAAUUCGACAUACACUUCCUACCGCACCAGAUCAACGCUCAAGUUAAAGUUGAAUCGAUAUUGUGUUCGACGGACAAGGACGAGUAUCCGUACGAUACUGGAUACUAUAUUACCAGUUCACUUGUUGGAUUCUUUGUCUUGAUCUGCUGCGUGUCGACAGCGUACCAUAUGAUGGUAAUAAUAAGGACUGACAACGGGAAAAAGAGUAUAAUGCCGGAAACAUUUAACAUGUUCUCGCUGAUUCGCAACGGCAGAGAUCUGAUCAAGUAUAACAGAAACAACGAUCUGAACAUAUUCAACGGGCUAAAGGUUUUUACCAUGAUUUUGGUGCUGUUCGGCCAUAAAUUUUUGUACUUCAUAAUAAAUCCGAUCACGUACUCGAUGCAACUCGAAAAGUUGUACAAGGAAGGACCGGAUUUCUUAUUGACGUCUAUGAAUUUGAUCGAUCCGUUCUUUUACAUUGCCGGCUAUUUAAUGUACGUCAUGUUGAUCCCGCAAUUCAACAAGCCCGGCACCAGUUGGUACCAGAUACUUAUGGUGAUCGCAUACAAAUACCUGAAGGUUUUACCAUCUUACGGGAUUGUCAUGCUGAUGACGGCUUUCGUUGUACCACAUUUGGGCGACGGACCGUUUUGGGCUUCAAGAAUAUGGCCCGAAGCAGAUAAAUGCAAAAACUAUUGGUGGGCUAAUAUAUUGGCAGUCAGCAACUUCAUACCAGUCGAAAAUCAAUGUCUCAUUGCUGGCUGGUAUGUAUCGUGUCUGCUACAGUUUCUCGUCAUUGGGACCACUGUGGUUUACGUGUGCGUCAAACGCCGAAAAAUUGGAAUAUACCUAGUUGUCAUGCUCUUGUGUGCGUCUUUGGCGAUAUCGUUCGUUACAACCUACAUCAACCAAGCUUACGGAAUAGUUCGUGUAAUGUAUUCGUUCUUGGAGAAUCCAAGCAAUUCAAUGGAGUUCAGAAAUUACUACCGACCGUUUUUCUAUCGGGGUACACCUUUCUUCGCCGGAAUACUUGCCGGAAUCGUGGUGGAAGAGCUGAAAAAACGAGAAAUUAAGUUUUCCACGUCCGUCGUCUACGUCGGGACUUUGAUGGUCAGCGCCGUUUGCAUUUGGGCCCAGCUGUACGGUGCACGGUUCCACGACGUGUUCAGACCAUACGACGCACUCGAACAGUCGGUGUACGCAGCUUUCAGCCACUGUACGUGGGCCGUCAUACUGUUCUGGUUGACGGUGUGUCAUUUCACCACCGGUUUCGGUCCAAUAGAAAAAUUGCUCAACAACAGAUUAACAGUGCCACUAGGUAGAUUAUCCUAUACAGUUUAUCUUGUCAACAUCACCGUCAUGAUGAUGAUAGAAAGUAAACAAAGAACGUCCGUAACCCCUUCGUCAUAUUUGUUGAUUGAUGGAUGGAUUUUCGGAGCAUUUAGAACAUACAUGGUGGGUACUAUGCUGUAUUUGCUCAUCGAAGCACCGUCAGGGCUGUUGAUCAAAAAACUAUUAUUCGGAAAGAAACAUGAACACGAUGGCUCUGCGAUGACGCCAAAUAGGACGGACUUCGGAAACAAAGCGGCCGAAGAAACGGAACAAAAAAAUACCUCACGUCUGUAGUAAACGCGUAUCAAUUUAUUUUUGGAUCACUCCGUUGACCGUUUUGAACUGUUGUACAGACUUGUAAUACAAUAUUAUUUUCUAACAUAAUACACACACGGUAUCUCAAUACACCUACUACCUACGUUAGGUAUGUCCCCUACGAUUUUUAUUCAAUAUCUAAUAUUUUUCUUACAUAGUUACGCGUGUAUACGAUUUCGGAAAAUCAUAUCAAUAUAAUCAAGCACAUGCCACAGAGUAAUAUUCACAUUAUUAUAACAAAAUAUAUUAUAAAACUUAACUCUGUCCGCCUAAUCUGGAUACAAAUUUAAUCUCUUGUUUUCGUAUCAACUGUUAAAAUAUUAUGUCUUAUAUUGUAGCAUUAAUAAUAUUUACUUAUUAAAUAUAAUAUUAUUAUAAGGUAGAACUAUAAUUGUCGAAGUUCCUAUUCAAAAUGUAUCUAAUUAAUAAUCCCCUCGAGUAUAAUUCGAGUAUCGAGUAUAUAUUAUGUAUAUUAUUAAGGAGGAUGAACACGUGUUGAGAUACCAUGUAUAGGUAAUUUGUAUAGUAAAAUAUUUAUGUACAUAUAAAAGAGUUGUAUACUGUUAGUAAUUAUUGUAUAAAAUAUUUAUAUAUGUGUUGUUUUCGUUAAUUUUUUACGAUAUCUCAUUACAUAUAAGUACUAUAUUAUAAGCAAUAUAAUAAAAUUGAAGAUAAAUA